GCCCUAGAGUGGUACUGCAGAGCUAAUGGGCCUUAAUGGUGAGUUUCAGUUCUCUUAAUUGUCUUUCAUGUACAUAGACUUGUAACUUUUUCCCACAAACGUUUGACAUUCGCCACCUUGUGUACCGGGGUAUCUCUCUUUUACAUUAAGCGCCAUCUAAUGUCAGGGAGUGAAUUAUUGUGUGUUCACUCGGCUCAUCGUCAGCGAAAAUCGCUUGGGUGUGAACACAAAAACGCGUUGAAAAACGCUGGCGAAUAACACGCGGCGAUAUUCGUCCCGGUGUGUACGGCCUUUAAAGAUCCAAUUUUUUUAAUUUGUCAAGGUGGGGAAAAAAUGAAAACUUGGAUAUCGGAACCCAUUUUUCUGUUUUUCCAAAUGUCUGUUUGUGCUCAGAAGAUUGAACUGAUGAGUUCUUCCAUCCCUAGUUAAUCAUCAUCACGGGCCCCAGCUACGAGGCCCUGACGUCAGAGGGCAUCCAGCUCAGCAUGGGGGGCAACGUGGAGGAAGUCACCUGCACCGUCAUCGGGGGGGUCACCUUCAACCAGGUCUUCACAUCGGAGCCAAAACUCCAAACAGCAGACGAUGAAGACUCGAUGACAGGUUUGAGUGACCAACAGCUGCUGCAGCCCGAUGCUCUGGAGCUGAGUGGAGACCGAGAGCUGCAGCGCGGGCUGGGCAGUGUCCGGUCAAAGAGGAACAGGCGAGGCCCGGUCAUUGAGGCCGACGGGAUGCUCAAGAUGUUCCACUGUCCGUACGAGGGCUGCAGUCAGGUCUACGUAGCUAUUAGCAGCUUUCAGAAUCACGUCAACCUCGUCCACAGGAAAGGGAGGACCAAGGUUUGCCCUCAUCCAGGCUGUGGGAAAAAGUUCUACCUGUCCAACCACCUGCAUCGCCACAUGAUCAUCCACUCAGGCGUCCGAGAUUUCAUCUGUGAGACUUGUGGGAAAUCGUUUAAACGUAAGAAUCACCUGGAGGUCCACCGGCGAACGCACACGGGAGAAACGCCCCUCCAAUGUGAGAUCUGUGGCUACCAGUGUCGCCAGCGUGCGUCCCUGAACUGGCACAUGAAGAAGCACACCUCCGAAGCCCACUACAACUUCACCUGCGAGUUCUGCCACAAGAGGUUCGAGAAGCUGGACAGCGUUAAGUUCCACAAGCUGAAGAGCCACCCGGACAAGCAGGCCACCUGAGAAGGAGUGUCCCCACACCUGGUGACAGGACCUAAACACGCAAUGUUACAGGUUGGCCCUCGGCAGCCAAGGCAAGGCUUCUAGUGAGAGAGACGGACUUUCCCUUUGCUGUGUUUGCCUGGAGUCUCAUGUCCAGGAUGGUGCGAACAUCACCUGUGAACACACAAGCAGGGGAAGCAGCGGGCCAGUCCAGCUGUGCAGGAUGCACGCCGUUUCAGAGUUCGGGGCCCGAAACUUGGGGCUCGAACAUGUUUGGUACAGCGAGGAAAGACAGCUUAAAGUGCCCAUGUUAUGAAAAAAAAACAGUUUUUCGGGUGAUUUGGGGUGUUAUUUUGUG